CCAAGUCAGAGCUUGUCGGAAUACUGGAAAGUUGACGAUUACAAAGCUUGGCACCAAGAAAUCCAAGACAGGAUUAAAAAAUCGGAACAUGUCCAUGAAACUAAUGCCAGUGGAAAAACAUUCCAAUCCAGCAUGAACCUUGCACCGUUAAAGCAAAAGUCCAGUAAGCAUGUCUCAAAUGGAAAACAUUUGAAACACUCGUUAGGUUUAUUUACUGAGGCUGGAAACCGUGGAAGAAGGAAACCUGGUAAAUUCAAUGGAUAUGAGAAAUCCUUUUUCUAUACCGAACAUGGAAAAACUCGUGUUGGAGCAAAAUGCUACGAAUGUAAUGAUUGUGGAAAAGUCACCAGCAAGAAGUCACGACUCAUCGUACAUCAGAGAACACACACAGGAGAGAAACCAUUUAAAUGCGGUGAAUGUGGCAAAGCCUUUUCCCAGAAGUCACACCUUGUGACACAUCGGACGGUUCACACAGGAGAAAAACGUUAUGGAUGUGAGUGUGGGAAGGCCUUCUCUAGAAAGUCUCAUCUCAUUACACACCAGAGAACUCACACAGGAGAGAAACCUUAUGAAUGCAGUGAGUGCAGCAAAGUCUUUUCUCAGACGUCACAGCUCAUUAUUCAUCAGCGAAGUCAUACAGGAGAGAGACCGUAUGCGUGCGGUGAAUGUGGGAAAGGCUUUAGUGGGAAAUCGCAACUUAUUACUCAUAAGAGAACCCAUAUAGAUGAAAAGCCCAAUAAAUGCAAUGAAUGUGGGAAAGCCUUCAGAGAGAGGUCAAGUCUCCGUAAACAUCAGAGAAUUCAUUCAGGAGAGAAACCAUAUGGGUGCAGCGAAUGUGGGAAAGCCUUCGGUGGGAAGUCACUCCUCCUCAGACAUGAGAAAACUCAUUCAGGAGAAAAGCCCUAUGGAUGUAAGGAAUGCACGAAGGCAUUUAUUUGGAAGUCACAGCUCAUCAUACAUCAGAGGACUCACACAGGAGAGAAGCCCUAUGGAUGUAGCACUUGUGGGAAAGCUUUUUCCCAGAAAUCACACCUCGUGAUGCAUCAGAGAACUCACACAGAAGAGCAACCCUAGAAAUAGAGCGAGCGUGAGACACUUUUAAGAAAAUAAUCACCCUUCUCUCUAUAUCAUAAAACGCAUUUAUAAAAAUCCUGCGAAUGCCACGAGUGUAGGAAGUUCAUUGGCAGGAAGUUCUACUUCCCUGAACGUCAGAAUGCCGAAUUGGAGAGUAAGCCUCUGUGCAGUGAAUGUGGCAAAGGCAGUAGAGACAAGCGCUCAGCAAAUGGUCUAGUCUCAUCAUAAAUCAAGUUAUUCGUAUCGAGGACAAAAAUAAUGACUUAAAUGAAUAUAGGAAAAUUUGUCCAUAGCAAUGUAAAAAAAAAAAAAAAUCAAUUUCCAGGUACGGUAUUGCAUCUUUAAAAAAAAGAUUAUAUAUUCUAAGUGAUAAGCUUAUGAAGCUUUAAAGAUAUGUAUGUCUGUGUAUGAGUAUGUUCAGUAAUCUUGACAGCCAAGUAGAAAGCCUAUUGCCUCAGACAAACAUAGGGCUUAUAUUCCCGAGUAUGGCUACAUCUUGUGAAUUUAUAUAAUUUCAUAGCAUAUGUGAAAUUAAUCUGUGAAUAUGGUAUAUGUCAUGUUUAUAGCACAGCAUCUCUCAAGGGUGCUGCACAAUGUGUAUCGUUUGUCUUGUACCAUAGUAGAAGGUAAGCCAGACCAAAUGAUUUAGUUAGUAUUUAACAAAUAGUUUAAGUUGUAUUGCCACAACUUUUUGGCACAUGCAAAUGAGUUUGGGAACUCUUACCAUGCCCUGUGUUCAAUAACAGAAGCUGGAAUUUUUCAAUAAAAUCUCCUGCCUC